AUGGCUGCGCCAGUCCUACCCCUGCCGCAGGUGAAGCUACCCACCACUCCCACCACUCGACUCACUCCGGAGCAGCUAUACUGGCGAUCUUUCAAGUCCCUUCUGCUUCUGUCAUCUCCCUCCAACACGCCGAUAACACAUAUAUCUCAGCCACUUGCGCCCACGUCCUCGUCAUCGGCCGCCGCUAUCCAACCGCCAGAUAUUUUCACUGUAACAACGGGUGCGCGGGUGCAGAUCUACUCCAUCAGAACAAGAAAACUGCUCAAAACUAUUACUCGGUUCGAUGAUAACACACGAUGCUCAGACGUACGGUUUGAUGGCCGGGUCCUUGUCGCUGGAGACGAGACUGGAGCCGUCCAGGUUUUCGAUAUCAAUUCCCGGUCGAUAUUGCGGACAUGGAAGGAACAUAAGCAACCAACAUGGGUAGCGAAGUUUUCGCCGUCCUCUGCUACGGAUUUAUUGACCGCCAGUGAUGACCGGACUGUUCGACUAUGGGAUCUCCCUAGUGAAACGAGCGUUAGGAGCUUUGCGGGACAUUCAGAUUAUGUCCGAAGCGGCACAUUCAUGCCCGGCGCCCAGUCAUCGAACUUGGUAAUUUCCGGCAGCUAUGACCAGACGGUUAGGCUAUGGGAUACCCGAGCAGAAGGCCGGGCAGUGAUGACGUUUAAGAUGCCUGCGCCGAUAGAGAGCGUGCUGCCUAUGCCUCUCGGUACGACGGUCCUUACCUCUGCAGACAAUCAGAUUGCUGUCCUGGACGUAGUGGCUGGGAAGCCAUUACACAUGAUCAGCAGCCAUCAGAAGACAGUUACUUGCUUGUCAGUGGCCUCACAGGGAAGUAGAGUUGUCAGCGGUUCCCUCGACGGCCACAUGAAGGUCUUUGAGACAACUGGCUGGAACGUUGUUGGUGGAACUAAAUAUCCAUCUCCCAUUCUCUCCCUGGGAGUAAUCAGCUCUGGCCCUCAGAGAGAGGAUAAACAUAUCGCAGUAGGCAUGCAAUCCGGUGUCCUUUCAAUCCGCACCCGACUGUCUGGGGAACAAAAAGCUCGUGAACGGGAGCGAGAACGAGAGAUGAAAGCAUUACUCGAAGGGAAACUAGAAGAGCAUGACCGCGAAGUGGCAAAGAAGAACAGGCUAAAGGGUAAAGGUCAAGGUUGGGAGAAACGGCUGCGUGGUAUGGACUUUGCUGGUGAUGGAAUUGAUAUCGUCAUCGAUCCAGAUCAAGGGGGAAAGAAAAAGCGCAAGCGGGAGAGUGCAUGGGAGAACGAUCUACGGAAGGGCAGGUAUAGCAGCUCGCUAGACAAGGUCCUUGAGGGAGGAGAUAAGAUCACCAUUAUCACUCUACUCACUGCCCUUCGGCAUCGUUCUGCAUUACGGACUGCUCUGUCUAAUCGAGACGAAACGUCGUUACAACCUAUACUGAAAUGGGUAUACAAAGCCAUCCCCGACCCACGGCUUGUUGACUUAACCGUUGAAGUUUCCAUGAAUAUUCUGGAUAUCUACUCCGGAAAUCUUGGCCAGUCAGUGCAUAUUGAUAACAUGGUACGUAAGCUGCAUCGGCGAGUCCAGGAGGAGGUUGAUCGGGCUCAACAAGCGUGGCAGACACGGGGGAUGCUAGAUAUGCUGAAAGUAUGA